GUAGUCCCCGUUUGUUGACUGCGAAUACUGUUGUCCUUUAUACUUCUUGCUUCACAGCAGUUGACAUGCCGCGCAUAAAUAUCAAAGGGGGUGUUUGGAGAAAUACGGAGGAUGAAAUCCUUAAGGCUGCGGUGAUGAAAUAUGGGAAAAAUCAGUGGGCCCGAAUCGCUUCUCUGCUGCAUCGUAAAGCAGCCAAGCAGUGCAAAGCCAGGUGGUAUGAGUGGUUAGACCCAAGUGUCAAAAAGACAGAGUGGAGUCGUGAAGAAGAUGAAAAGCUCCUGCAUCUUUCCAAACUCAUGCCAACCCAAUGGCGUACCAUCGCACCGAUUGUUGGUCGAACUGCAAAUCAGUGUUUGGAGCGAUAUGAAUACCUUCUGGACAAAGCACAAAACAGAGAAGGCUUGUCAGCAGAGGAAGACCCGAAACGGCUGCGUCCCGGAGAAAUUGAUCCUAAUCCGGAAACAAAGCCUGCCAGACCUGACCCCAUUGAUAUGGACGAAGAUGAACUUGAAAUGCUAUCCGAAGCACGGGCAAGAUUAGCCAACACACAGGGAAAAAAAGCGAAACGGAAGGCUCGUGAACGUCAGUUGGAAAUCGCCCGGCGCAUGGCGAUGAUGCAAAAACGGCGCGAACUUCGUGCUGCUGGAUUGGGGUCUUACCUCGGUUUAAUGCCUAAAACCAAGCCUUUUAUGGAUUACAAUUCAGAAAUCCCGUUUGAAAAGCAACCUCCCAAGGGCUUUCACGACACCAGCACAGAGAAGCCGGACCCUAAGUUGAUGGAUUUUCAACGUUUACGACUUUCGGACGUUGAGAAAGAGUCCUACAUGGAGCGGGAGAAGCGUGAGCGCAAAAAGGAUGCGGAGCGACAAACGAAACGUCUACAGGAUGAUUUACCGGGUGCUCUACUUCAUCGCGGUAGUGCUUUGGAUGAGCCCGUGCUCAAGCGGUCGAAGCUGGUUCUUCCGGAACCUCAGAUUUCGGAUCUGGAACUGGAAAAUCUUGUGAAGGUCGGACAAGCGGGUGAAAAUGCCGUUCGUAUGGCCAUAGAAGAUUCCGGAUACGACGCUGGUUCCGCAACCCACCCACUUCUUCCGGAUUGUCCCAGUUCAGGAGUAUUCGCAACACCUGCUCUGAUAGCAGCACAACGAACGCCUGCCUCCGCCAUUGAUUCUAUCUCCCGUGAGGCACACAACAUUCUUGCUCUACAGCAAGUGCAGACUCCACUGAAAGGCGGAGAGAACGUCCAACUUAUUGGCGAGUCCGAUUUCAGCGGGGUUACCCCGAGUACCGCCAAUGUCAUGGUCACUCCCAACACGUUGCUGCCAAAUCAGCUGGGACUGACUCCAUUCCGCACUCCAGGAUCGCUGGCAGGUGGUACACCAAUUCUGAAUGGCACUCCACAGUUAGACAAUGUAACUGGCCGCAGUGGACCUGGUCAGCCCACUCCGUUACGCGAUCGCCUAAAUAUAAACGCUGGGGAGAUCAAUAAUCUGGAUGCAGAUGACUUGAUCUCUGCGAAGUCGGCCAACAACUUGAUUGCAAAGACCAAUCUUCGUAAAAGCCUAGCCAGUCUCCCGCUUCCCAAAAACAAUUUUGAAAUUUUCGUCCCCGAUGAAUCGGAGUCAGGUGGCCAGCAGACUAGUGUUGAUAUGGACGAAGAUCAAGUAAGUUUGGAGCUUGGCGGAACUGCCGCUCGGGUUGCUGAUCAGGCGGAUUUGGACCGACUGCGAGAGAAGGAACGCGCUGCCGCCGCUGAAGCCGCCUGGUCCAAACGUAGUCAAGUGGUGCGCCGUUCUCUCCCACGACCAUCGGAUAUCAACCAUACAGUGCUACGUACUUUUCCGGCAUCACAAACUCCACAGCAGGAAUCAUCAAUGACGGACUUGCAAAGGGCAGAAGAGAUGAUCAAGCUGGAGAUGGUCACCAUGAUGCAUUUCGACAAUCUUCAUGAUCCUCCGCCAAAUUUGCUAGCCGAAGCGGCGAGCAAAACCUCCGCUGGUGGAGGGACAUCUACCAUCCAACAAAAGCGGUUCCUGCAACAGAUCAAAUCGGGGCACGAAUCGUAUCUAAAGGAAAACCCUUAUGAGGAGUUCGAUCCAGAAAACCUGAAGGCAGCUGAACAACUGCUUAACAGUGAAAUGGCUGUUGUACGUACUGGCAUGAAUCACGGUGAUUUGUCGGCUGAAGCUUACGCCAAGGUAUGGCACGAAUGUUUGUCCCAGGUGCUCUAUCUACCUGCGCACCGGCGUUACACACGUGCCAACCUGGUCUCUAAGCGUGAUCGCAUAGAAUCGUAUGAAAAACAGUUGGAUCAACUGCGUCAUCUGAUGGCUGAAGAGGCGAAGCGUGCGGCAAAAGUGGAAAAGAAAUUGCGUGUGCUUCUCGGUGGAUAUCAAGUGAGUCGUGUUAUUUCUCUCUCUCUCUCUCUCUCUCUCUCUGUGUGUGUGUGUGUGUGUGUGUGUGUGCACUUUCUGCGCAUGGCCCAUACCCAUCUCCGAGUUAUGGAAUCAUUUGGUAAUCACCUGCGCACAGAUCAAUAAGCGAUAGGGACGUGGACACUUGCUGGCAAUCGUCGGUGCUUUUUAAGUGGUGUGACCAUGUUCUGACUCGAACCCAUGAUACUCAUCGACACACACAUACGCUCCCACAUCCUUAUCUGAUAAUCUUUGUCGAUUCACUUGAAGCGCCCGUUGUAUUCAUGAUAUUGGAUCCUUCCCUUUCUCUGAUCUUCCGCUGAAGCUGUCAAUCUCAGCGUGUUGCGGCACCAACUACCGAAUCAGUACAAGUAGUGUGAAACUAAACCGGUAUUUGUUAGUCGGGGCCAGGAACAACAGGUAAGUCGACGGCCGGAAUUAGAAAUAUAGUUCUGCUCCGACACGUCACAUGACUGCCUUGUGUUCCGGAGAUGACUUGACACCACGGCCAUACGCUGUUGGCCCAAAUCAUUUUCUCAACCAACUAAUAAGCUGUGUCAAACACUGCUCGCGGAGUUCAAUGGCAUAGUGAUCAUGGCGACAGCCGCCAAACACUAUGCGCCGAGUUCCACUCCCGGCUCGGCUAGUCCGUACCUGUUGAGUUUAAACGAGGACGGAACCGUCGGUCGUGGAGUAUAGGGAUGGGAGAGAGCCACAUCGAAACUCUCCAGUAUGCUUUCUUAUUUACUGCCUGGAUUACGGUACGCAAGCUUAAUUCCAUCACCAGAAUCGCAUUUGAAACAAGCAAUCCGAGGUGUUGCUUGCUGACAACACGAUCGAUUUAAUACUGAUUCGAUGUACUCAUGAUUUGUUGAGGCCACCGACGGAAGCUUUUACGCUUAAGCCAUAGAGUCUCAGACGAUGCUUGUAACAACGAUUUUGACUCAUUUUCAGUUUGUCACCUAGCCUCCGUAAUUGUUCAACUGCUUUAGCACGGGGAAUUUCCAACUUCAUAUUCUCAUGGAAGAGCGCCAAUUUUACUUUCUGUGUUAAGUUUGUGAAACAACUCUUGUGUGCUCCACUUUCACACUAUCGUGUUUACUGGACACUUCUUGUUGCGAAUGGAGCAUCAUUUUAUCAUGGGUUUCGUCUAUUUCAUCCAGUGAUUUCACUCCACAGCUGGUUCAGCGGCUACGCAUCAUUCUGACCAGAGGUAUUCUCAAUGACAGAAACUUUUCACCGUCGUUUUGAACAGCACAGUGGUUAGCAUUUGCCCAAUGCAUUUCACCCUAGUGAGAUUUUUGAAUCUUGUAUCGUUAUGUCAGUACUCAGCCUUCCCAGACUUGGCACCCCUCUGCAUUCUAUUAGGUGAACUAAAUGUUCGGUAUACAAUGAGCUGCUACGCAUUAUCUUGAUCGCGCCAUCGCUUCUGAUCAAGUGAGCGAUAUCCAUUCCGGCUGCACUCUGCCGCCCAACAUGUAUGCACCUGACCAGACUUCACUACCGUAAAGUCAUGAAGAACUUUGCUUUCCUGCACCAGAUGGAUCAUUUCCUCUUGAUGAAUCAGUGUCCCUUUUCCCACCUGGUCUCACCUUUUCGAACUAAUAACACAAUUUUCGCACCUUAGAUUGCUAUAUUCUCAAACGCGUUUCAUUAGUUAAUCGCGUCAUUCCAAGCACUUUAUGUCUUAUUGUCACAUUUUUGUCACUCUGUUACUAACAUUGCGGUUACAAUGAUCUGCUUCCGCCCGCUGCCUGCACAUUACGAACCUGGUCGUGAGUUAUAUCUUGUACAUUAUUCAACCCUUUAGAACCACGGUUACCAAAUCUUCCGCUCAGGCUGUGCAUCUAGUUCAGGUUUAUAACCCGAAUUAGCAUUAUUUAUGUACAUUUCUUGCGACGUAAUUAGAUUUAGCGUAGUUCUGUCGUUACAAGUGCGAUCUGGACGAAGUGUAACAUUUACGAAAGGGCUUGCUCACACUUGGCAUGGCGUUGCGGUUCAUGUAUGUCUGACUUGCAGCCCCCGCCCCCAUUUUUACUCCCUGAGCAUUAAUAUCUCAGCCUGCAUUCAAUCGUUCGAUGUUGAACGGUAAAAACACACUAGCACAAGCUGCUCAUGCACUCUUUGGCUGCCCCCUCCUUAUCCGAUUUCCUCUGCUUGUGCCACUUCUUGUCUCUCAUUAAUGGCACACUGAAAUGAGCAACGCCCGGCUACCUCCGUCCUUUCCUCUAGACCGAAUGUAUAGAUCAAACCUCAUACAAAAUGGGCAAAUGACGUUUGAUCAGUCAGCUUCAUGUUAGCUGGUGACUCUACACAUUGGACCGUUGAAUGCGACAUCUCAGGGGUUUGCACAACUGAUCCGACCUCUAAACAUUAACAAACACACAAAACGUAGGCUCCAGGCGGCGAAAUAAACGGAUCUACACCCGGUACCGGGAAACUGAUCAAGGCAAAAUCAACUGGGCUGGAGUGAAUCAAACCCAAUCGAACACAAAUCCAUUCGUACCCGUGGUGCAACUGAACUAUCUUUUGUCACAACCCACCCUGUGAUGUAACAAACAGGUGUUGAUUCUAGUGCUAACUCUGUGUACAAUGUAUCUUUUAUCAUGUUAGAAACGUAUUAGGUUUGUUGGCAACCAUACCUCCUUAUUUAUCCCCCUUCAAGUUUCAUCUGUAAGUCUAUGUACCAACCAUUUUUACAAUGCUAACUGGAUCCACCACCAUUCACUGCACAAAUCUCGUUGAGCAGACUGAACUGGACUGCUUGCGUUUCUGGCUCCGAUCUACCGACCGUUUAUACGGCUAGGUAUACAUUACUCUUCAUUGUGCACAAAUCUGAAACUGAUCACAUCUACACGUCAUUCCCAUUUCUGAGUGAGAGUUUGCCUUGUCGAAUUCACCCUGUUUGCCAUUUCCACUGGCCUUAUUUUCAGUCACGUGCGCAGACGCUGAUGAAAGCGAUCCAGGAGAGUGUGGAUCAAAUCGAGCAGAGCCAAAUGGAGCUGACCACUUACGAACGACUACACGAACAAGAGUCGGGCGCAAUAGUUCGUCGCCUAGAGACACUGGAAAUGGAUGUUCAGCGCCAGCAGAAACGAAACGCUGAUCUUCAGCGCGAAUACGGCCGAUUGAUCCGCUUGCGUGAAGAGCGAGAGGCUGAUCUGUUUCUAGCACAGACAAUGGGUAUCACGCCUGCGGAGCAAACAGCCUCUCAGCGCAACGAGCCCGCACCUUCUAUUCAGUUUGACCAAGGUGUUGCGCAGCCUUCGGAAACGGCUUCGGAUGAAUCGAACGGCAAACAGCCGACAGAAAAUUGGGAAUCCAAAUUGACCAACUCUACAUUAUUUCCCUCUUCUGGUGUGCCAGAUCUAAACAUAGAAUCGAAUUUGGCACCAUUGAUGCAAACCUCGUAGUAUCAUCCAUUGAGUCAACACUAAAUCCUCAGUCAUCGUCUUCGAGUUUCUCCUCUGCUCCACCUUCCCUACUCUGUAUAAAGCCAUAUGGAAUGUGUAACACGUGCAUGCGGUCGCCGUUGUGCUUGGGGGUGGAGCAUCCAACCACCUGAAUCUUCGCUUGUGCGUUACCGUUUCACCACAGUGACGGAAGCCACCGGCUUCCUCUUGAUCCGAUUUUGUGAGCUGAUUUGUCUCUAAAAUAAAGUGCACUCGCUUGUCUGCUUUU